GCCUCAAGUGCCACCGCAGAUUUCGCGGAGGGGGGAAGAGAUCUCAUUGAGCUUUGUCUGUAACAACAUCCCUCUUUAGGCUACAUUGCGCUCAUACAACGCGCGGGCGAUUACAUUAAUACCAUUAGUUUAGAAGGCUAUUGAUUUAUAUCAACCCGGAGCGUAACACCGAGGGGAUACCUCUUGAAAAUGCUUCCGUCUCUAGCCGGGAAUUCGUGUGUGCGGUUGAUACAGAGUCACAAAUCAACGUGGUGUUUUGUGUCUCUCGUCUUGGGGUACAUCCUUUAUCUCGUAUUCGGCGCUGUUGUCUUUUCCUCGGUUGAGCUGCCUUAUGAAGACCUCCUGCGCCAGGAACUGAGGGCCAUUAAGAAACAGUUCCUCCAGGAGAAUGAAUGUCUAUCGGAGGAGCGACUGGAGCGGUUCCUAAAGAAAGCCCUGGAUGCCAGUAAUUAUGGGGUUUCCAUCCUCAACAACGCCUCGGCUAACUGGAACUGGGACUUCACUUCUGCUCUGUUUUUUGCGAGCACCGUGCUGUCCACCACAGGAUACGGUCACACAGCACCACUGUCGGAUGGCGGGAAGGCCUUCUGCAUCAUCUACUCAGUGAUUGGCAUCCCCUUCACCCUCCUCUUCCUCACUGCCGUGGUGCAAAGGAUCAUGGUGUUCAGCACGCGGAGGCCGGUCAUGUACAUCCACAGGCGCUGGGGCCUGUCCAAGCCACUGGUGGCCAUCGUUCACGCCACUGUGCUCGCCAUGUUGGCCAUCUCUUGCUUCUUUCUCAUCCCCGCCGCCAUCUUCUCAGCACUGGAGGAGAACUGGAACUUCCUGGAGUCCUUCUACUUCUGCUUCAUUUCCCUCAGCACCAUCGGCCUGGGUGACUACGUACCCGGAGAGGCGUCCAAUCAGAGGUUCAGGGAGCUCUACAAAGUGGGCAUCACUGUCUACCUGAUCCUGGGUCUGAUAGUCAUGCUGGUGGUGCUGGAGACCUUCUGCGAGCUGCAGCAACUGAAGCAGCUGAGGAAGAUGUUCUACCUGAAGAAGGAGAAGCCGCAGGACCGCCUCGCCAUUUUGGAGCAUGACCACCUGUCCUUCACUACUGUGUCGAACAGAGCCACGGUUUACUCCGAGGGCAAGAUCCAGUCGUUUAUCAGUGUCCCGACUCAACUGUCCUCUCUCAAUGAUGAUCCCAUGAUCCAGUAAACACCGAAGGAUGACAGUAUGAAAGUAGGGGGUAAUGCACACCAGACUAGAAGUAGGCAGAAUGAGUAGAUCAUGAGUCUCAGCUGCAGGCAUUCUGCAAACGUUAGUAGUAUAACUAGUUGAGACUAUACAGCUCAAGCAAAUAAUCUCCUUCAUCGCACCAAAAUACUGACAAUAUAGUGCUAUGCAGGAGAGAUUAAAUGUAUGCACAUUAAUAAGGGAUUAACAGUGACUAUAAAGACAUAGACAAUGAUAAAAGAAAAGCCUUCUGCUGUAUUUAUGACUCACGGGAGACAAGCUCCUUUAUGAGCUGUGCUAUUUAUUGCAUAUUUAGGAACAUUUUACAAAAGAAUUGGUCUCUUAAAUCUUGCUGAAAUAUAGGACAAAUCUCUGUAGUCUGUCACAAAAUAAAGCAUAAACAUGUGUGUAUCUUAUAAUUAGAGAUAGGUAUGUGGAAUUGACAUAUUCCGGUGAGUGUUUUAAGAUGUACAGUAUAGUGCCAUCUAGAAUAAUCACUCCUGUUAAAGAUGAGCCAAAGUGUAGGUAGCCAAAACGUAAGAACAACUCAACUGGAAGCCAGAAGCAUUAUGUCUUUGGGUUUUCCCUCUAUCCAUCCGUUUUUCCGCCCUUCCUUCCUUCCUGCCGUCCUCCCUAUUCUUGUGGAUGUGAUAUCACAGGAACGCCUUGAGGGGAAUUUCUUCAAUUUUGGCACAAUCGUCCACUUGGACUUAAGGAUGAACUGAUUCAAAUUUAUUGGUCAAAAGUCGCAGUAACCUUACAAAACGUGUUUUUGGCCAUAACUCCAGAAUAUAUAUAUAUAGGAUAAAGUGAGGACAUUUUGGAUGGACAUGGAUGUAAACUGGUUGGUAGAGGCAUACAACCACGAGGCAGUUAUUCUAGUUUUACAUGGAACUUUGAGACGACGUUUUCUGGCAGUGUUUGUUGCAAACUGAUCAAAUUUUAUUGGUGCGUAAAGUCUGACGUGCUUUACUGGAUUAUUUUCAGUUGGAUUGGCUGAAGAUUCAGGGGCCUGUUAUUCCAUUGCAUCAUGUGUGUCACACAUGCAGUCAAUCCUGAGCAAAGCGUCUGAAAGAAGUGACAGUAUAUUGUAUGAACUACAAGGUAGUCUGAGCUCAGAAGAAGAUAUCCUGUAAGUGUGAAUAUAAAGUUUGCAAACAACAGGCUUUUUUUUAACAUAACUGCCAAGAAGAAACACAAUUUAACAGUUUAUGUUUUGUAGCAUUUCUGGCUCAUCUUUAUGGGGGUGUUAACUAUUCUUUUUGGACUUCAUGGUUUCACACAUUUCAUUGUGAGGGAUAGUAUUUGUCUGCAAGUAUGGGCAUUUUCUCUAAUUGUUGCAGUCCUAUUUCAAAGUUGUCAUUGUGAGAUGAUAAGCACUAUAAUUUAUUGAUUUGUCUGAAUGGCUUAAUGUGUGCUUGACUGAAAUAGAGGUUAGCCUAUAGCUUAAAAAGUGAAGCACAGCUUGCUGGCUGGCCCGUUGCAUUCUACCGUAAAGAGAGCUCAGUUUGCACACGGAGCCAGGCAGUAAUACAGAAAACACUGUUUGGGAUUUCUCAGAAAGAAAAGGGACAUGGUUCUAAAGAUUUUAUCUGUAAAAACAAAAAACAGAAAAAAAUCAAAUGAUAGAAAUAAUCAAAAGCUAUUGGUACUUUUGAUGUGGAUGAUCUGUAAAGGCUCGAUGAUUGCUCGAAGCUAGAAAAGAGCGAGCUGUCAGACAGAAACUAUUUUACUGUAUUUACAUAAUUUAAAUGUAGAAAUGUAUAUUUUUUUGGACUUGAGGAAGGUUUUUAAUUGAUAGAAAAGUAAUUCUGUACUAGAAAACAGUUCUAUCACAUCCACCACAUCAGUCUUUGAUCUGCUCCUCAACCAAGGAGGGAACUGUCCAUGAUUGGAAUUCAAACCAGUGGAUAUACACUAUUACAAUUUUGUAUGAAAUUGACAUUGCACUCCUCUGUGUAUUUAAAAAAACAACAUGUGUAUCUGGAGGAAGAAUUAUGUGACAAAGUACUUCAUUUCAUGCCAUUAUCCAUCCUGUAAUAUUCUGUUUGGCGUAAAUAGACACCCACACGUACAGUGUAGCUGCGUACUGCUGCAACGCAGACUUAUUAGUCAUAUACCUUUUAGUACAUUUAAUAGAAAGACGUGCAUUUGUUAUGCAUUUUAAGUAUGUCUCAGUCUCUGUGUGGAGCUGAAGUUCUGACCUCAUCUCUCUCUGCUACAUUGAAAAAUCAUGACACGGUCACAGCCUUUUAUGAAGUCUUGAAUGUAAUGUUUUUUUAUGCCGUUUGUUAGUGAGAUUCAAGGCCUGACCAGAGCGCAGCAUUACUCCUUGCUGCUCUGCUGGCUCUGUUAGUUUAGUGACGAGUUUAUUUGAAUCGGUAAACUGUGGCACGGUAGCAUGACCGCUUGCGAAAUUAGCUAUGAUGAGUGUGUCAUCAUCUGAGUUACUCACUGAUCUUUAAUUUAGUGUUUUAUAGAUCAGUGGGGUUUCAGUCGUUUUUUUUUCCCACCAGUCUGGGCCUUCGUGUAAAGUGUCAUGCAUUGAAACUGUUCAUAUUGUCUGCUGAGAUAAAAACAGAACUUGAAUUUUGCUACGGUGGGGUUUCUCAUUUACUGUAAGAUGUUUCACUGUUUUGUAGAUACAUUAAAUAGAUUGAUGUCAAGGCUUUUACCCUUCAGUGUUACUGUGUUGUUGUUGUUUGUCAUGCACAUGCCGUUUGUCUUGAGGGUGAGGGCUGUCAGGUAAAGUAGUUCUGUUCAGGAAUUAAAACAUUGUGUCAAGGAUUCCAAAUGGGAGCACACUGACAUUAUUUAUUGAUACUAUCAAAAGCAACCCAUUGAAAGAAUUUGGGAUCACAGAUUUCUGUACAUAUCUCUUCAGUUGUUUUAGAGUCAUGUGCACCGGUGAGUAUUGUAGGAUUGCCAUGAAGCACCGACGUUUUCAGUCAAAUUCAUUUUAGCAUAAGAAGUGAAUCCGUGAACUGUAAAAUAUCAGUGUCUUAAAUAAAGUGUUGCUUAAAUCUGACUUUUUUGUUCUGAUUUUGUUUUUCCUCUGGUGUAUUAUGUAUUAUAACUACAACUACUGUACAUAUGCUCAAUGCCAAUCGUAACCAGCUGAUCCAGUGGUAGGUCAUGAGUUUUGUGCUAAGCUGUCUCCCUGCAGCAACACGUGUGACUUUAUAACAUGUAUUUAGCAUAAAAGUGAACAAUUAGGGUAAGCGUUGUGGACAAUCAUUACGUUUUUCUGCACACAAAACCACCUGGGUGAAUUGGAAAAAAGAGCAGAGCAAAUGGCAAUGAUUAUGAUUAUCUGUUGGCUCUUGGGUAGUCUUGGGUUACUUUAACUCUAUGUGGACUCCAUCAUUGUCUC